AUGGACAGCGCCAUCUCGAACACAGUAAGAGCGGAGGACAUCUGGCUAAGGGAUAGCACGGAUGGCUUUCGCUUUGAGACAAACACCACCUCCGCCUGGGACAACGAGCUGAAAUUCGCCGCGGCCGAGUCGGUUCGAACGUCAAUAAUCGUCCUCGCAAGCUUCAAUGCCGUCGCCGCCUUCGCCACAGCUACUGGCAUCUAUUGGAAAUCAUGGACGACAGCCAGGAGGUGUGACCCUAAGUGGAAUCCUAGGUCGUCCUGGCUUACGGUUAUCGGCCCUGCGGAGCUUUUCCCCUUCGCUCUCUCCUGCGGCAUCACCAUCCAGGGAAUCAUCUUCGCCAUCUCACAGUCUAGGGGUCUGGAAGCCCUGAUGAUUCUUGGAUGCACCAAGACUUCCCAGAUCAUGCUGCCAGCAUUCUUCAUCACCCCCUAUAUGCAGGUGGCAUUUGGACUGGAGCUGUCGCUUCGAGCCCUAAAGCGACGUUCCUUCCAACCACGAUGGAAGUGGAAUACCCUCAUUUGCGUCGUCGCCGUCGUGGUUGGCCUGUUGGUCACCUUCCUCGUCACCUUUGCAGUGCGACCCCCAAACUUUUGCUUUGCCUGCCUAGUUUGGUUUCUACAACAUUACAAACUGGCAUGCUUUGGCAUCCUCGUCGCUGCCGUCGUUAUCUUGCUUGUUCAGGCAGUCAUCAUCUCAGUUAGACUACUGAAAGCAACCAAUAUUGGCCCCACCGAACGGACUGAGGCCUCUCGCAUGGUCUACUUCCUGGUGGUGGCGGUCAUUACAAACGCACUUUUGAUUCCAUUCUUCUUCAGCCUCUCCUUCGGACAGGCUGACAGCGAUCGGACGCUGCAGACUUCCAUGGUGGCUGCUGUGGUCGUCAACAUUUCAGGCCUCCUGACGUGCAGUCUAUACCUCUUCCUCAGAUCAAGCAGAACAUCAACGAUUGGCUGCAGUGACUGGGACGGCAUGGAAACCCGACCCCUUGAGAAGGGCUUCUGGGAUGGAGGGUCGAGCAAUUUCGACUUUGGACUCCAGAUUGCCCAGCCUCUUGUCCCCGCACAACAUCGGAGAUCAGACAAUAGCCAGACUAUUGUUCUCGAGACGCCUGACAUGGGACGUGGUCUUGAGACCCCCGUGAGCGGCGGGAACAUUCAUGUUCCAAGUCUCGGCAUCAUUUGCCCGCCUACCAACUUCCCUCAGUCACCCCAACCUGCUCAGGUGUCAACAAAAUCAACGCUCAAGGCUUUCACAAAGAGCUGGUACAACAAAAUUCCCGGAGCGGGAGAGCCUCUCAUGCCCAAGUCCAAUUUCCUUCUCCCCACCACCACCUAUGCUCCUCCACCUCCCGUGGAUGACAUGGAGACAGGUUCAACAGACAACCUGCUUGCUCCACCGGCUAUGCAUGACCGAGGACAGCUGCACCGCCAGAGAGGGUCCUCUGUGUUGUCCUCUGCCACCGUCCAGAUUGGCCUUCGCUUGUCCAACGUUGGUGACAUGCCCCCUGUCACCUCCACCUUCCCUGAAGACUUGGCCAAGGUUCAUGACCUUGACUGCCCCAACAGCCCCGUGGGCUUGAACCUUAGAAAGCCGAGUCCGCUGGGAAUCACUGUGAUCACUCUCCCGGACGAGGAGGCGAUUGAGGAGCAGCGCAACAAGCAGCUUCCACCAGUCCCUGCCGUCAGACCCCGCGACGAGGAGAGGGAUGAGGAGAGAGACGAGGUGUUGACACUCAGUCCAGAUGUCUAUAGCCCACCGGGUCAGAGGAUGAACCAUUAUCGCACAGGGUCUAGGAGCUCUCACAGGUCGAAAACCCCUUCCGUGAGUUCCCGGGCACCGCAUAGUCGGAAUGGCUCACGGGCCGGAUCUGAAGUGAUAAAGGAGGAUUGGAUCUAA